AUGGGCAUGAAACACUCCUCCCGCUGCCUGCUCCUAAGGAGGAAGAUGGCGGAGAACGCUGCCGAGAACGCCGAGGUGAGCAGUCCCCCCUCUCAGCUCCCUCAGCCUGUGGUCCCACCCAAGCCUGUGCAAUGUAUCCAUCAUGUGUCCACUCAACCCAGCUGUCCAGGACGGGGCAAGAUGUCCAAGCUGCUGAACCCAGAGGAAAUGACCUCAAGAGAUUAUUACUUCGACUCCUAUGCCCACUUUGGGAUCCAUGAGGAAAUGCUGAAGGAUGAGGUGCGGACGCUCACUUACCGGAACUCCAUGUACCACAACAAGCAUGUGUUCAAGGACAAAGUGGUGUUGGACGUCGGGAGUGGUACUGGGAUCCUUUCCAUGUUUGCUGCCAAAGCAGGAGCCAAGAAGGUGUUUGGGAUUGAAUGCUCCAGUAUUUCUGACUACUCAGAGAAGAUCAUUAAGGCCAACCAUUUGGACAACAUCAUCACCAUAUUUAAGGGUAAAGUGGAAGAGGUGGAGCUGCCUGUGGAGAAGGUUGACAUUAUUAUCAGCGAGUGGAUGGGCUAUUGUCUCUUCUAUGAGUCAAUGCUCAACACAGUCAUCUUUGCCAGGGACAAGUGGCUGAAACCAGGAGGGCUUAUGUUUCCAGACCGGGCAGCUUUGUACGUGGUAGCAAUUGAAGACAGACAGUACAAGGACUUCAAAAUCCACUGGUGGGAGAAUGUCUACGGCUUUGACAUGACUUGCAUCCGGGAUGUUGCCAUGAAGGAGCCUCUGGUGGACAUCGUGGACCCAAAGCAAGUGGUGACCAAUGCCUGUUUAAUAAAGGAGGUGGAUAUUUACACAGUCAAGACGGAAGAGCUGUCGUUCACAUCUGCCUUCUGCCUGCAAAUCCAGCGCAAUGACUACAUCCACGCCCUGGUCACCUAUUUUAAUAUUGAAUUUACCAAGUGCCACAAGAAAAUGGGUUUUUCCACAGCCCCUGAUGCCCCCUACACCCACUGGAAGCAGACUGUUUUCUACUUGGAAGAUUACCUCACUGUCCGGAGGGGGGAAGAGCUCUAUGGGACCAUCUCCAUGAAGCCAAAUGCAAAAAAUGUGCGAGAUCUCGACUUCACAGUAGACUUGGACUUCAAGGGACAGCUGUGUGAAACAUCUGUAUCUAAUGACUACAAAAUGCGUUAGCACACAUGGGAAGCUGCAGAGAGUGAGUGAGAAAACAUUCCCACCUCGAUCUGCGGCACUGUGACAAGGAGUACUGUUUGCAGGACUUCACACUUGACUAUCAGAGGUUUAAACUCUGCCUUGAAGAUUGGGGAACUCGCCAGGGCUCCCAUGGGCGCUGACACUGGACAGAUGGCCUCUGGCUCCUCAGCUCUGCUCUGUGAGCCCUACACUAAGGCUUUGCUGUUGCUGACCAAGAGCGACCUCAUGGCUGGGCCUGGGGACAGAACAUACCCAUGUAUCCCAUUGUCCUCCUGUACUGUGAAUCUCUGGAUUUUCCAAGUUUUGCAUGCUGCAGGCAUCUAGGGCAGAUCGCUUCACUAGAAACUGGAGGCUAGUAUCUUUGAUAGCAUAAGCCAGAUUCUGUCUGUGUGGUGGUGUAUGCGUGCGUGUGUGCAUACUGCAUAUACAGUCGUUUACUUACCCAUAACACUGUAUAUGCACGCACUUACAACCACUGGGUUCACCCAUGUGUUCAUUCAGGGCGUGUGCGCGCACAUGUGAGUAGAAUAUAUAUUACUUUCAGAGGAGAUCUUGUGGCUUUUGAAUAGGACUUUGUUUUGUGAUUAGCUCUCCCCUUCCCCAUC